AUGCAAAAGGAUGAUGAACAGAAGAUAUUAAUUUCCGAAGAGGAUUUAUUUGAUAAAGCCUUUGGUCUGUACGAGGAACGAUCAUUCGAUGAAGCCAUCAAAAUAUUGGAAAAAUUGGUCAAGUCGUUUGAUGAAGGAGGAUUGUUGGAUCGACCAUUGGAAAAUAACGAUUCAUUCGAUAAAGCAACAGUUUAUUAUUAUUUGGCCAAUUGUUAUAGAGAAAUUAGUAGAUUUAAAUUAGCAAGGGAAUAUUAUGAAAAGGCUAGAACUUGCUUGGCAGAACAAAAGGAAUCGGAUUUUAUUGAUAUUCAGGAUGUGUUGAAUGAUUAUGCCCUAGGUUUGGUUAGAGAUGGAAAUACAGAAGAAUCUAAAAAGUUAUAUGAAAGUGUUUUGGAAUUGAAUUCAAAGAACGUAUCUGCUUUGAGUGGAUUGGCAGCUUGUUAUUUAUUGCUUGGAGAUAUACCGGCAUCGAAAAGAUUAAUUGAAAAAGCUUUAAAGGUCAAUUCUGAAUAUUAUCAUGUUUAUCAUGUUCGAGGAAUGAUUUAUGAUGAAGAAGGAGAUUACGAAAAUGCAAUCAAAAUGUAUAAUCAAUCUUCAUUUUUAAAUCCAAUGUAUGCAAGGAGUCAUUAUAAUAAGGCAUUAUCCUAUGAGAAAUUAUUUUUGAUUGAACAAGCCAUUGAUGAAUAUAGAGAAUGCAUUCGUCUUGAUUCAACUCAUAUUUCAUCUCAUCAAAAUUUAAGUUAUUGUUAUUUGCAAAUGGGUGAAAAAGAUAGAGCUAUCAAGAUAUUACAUGAAAUUUUAUCAAAAAAUAUUGAUGCAAAUUCAAUGGCUGAUAUUUCGGAUAGCUUUAGAGAAAUUGGAGAUGAUGAAAAAGCUUGUCAAGUGUUAACUUCAGCAAUUUCUUUAGAUCCAACAAAUGCUGAAAUAUAUAUUAGGAGAGCAGAUCUUUAUAAACAUAUGGAGAAGAAAAGUUUAGCAUUGAUGGAUUAUUUAAAGGCAUGUGAAUUGGAUCCGCUCAAUGAUGAAUACAAGCUACUGUAUAGAAAUACGAAAUUAGGGCCUGACAGACAUACAGUAGCAUUGUUUGGUAACGAUUCAUUUUGUCAAUUAGGAAAUACAUCUACGAAUGAGAGAAAUAUUGUUUGGAAACCUGUUUUUGUCUCUGCUUGUAAUGAUAGAGUGAAAAAUAUUUAUUUUGGAACUGUAUUUUCUUUAUUUUGGGCUGAAGAUGUAGCAGGUGAAUCCAAUGUUUUUGAAUGUGGAUUUUUGAAUGGUGUGGAGUAUUUGCUAUUUGAAAAGUUAGUCUUUCCACCAAAAACAGGUCGUGUGAAACAAAUUUCUCCAGGUUUACAAUGCUACAUUAUUUUGACUGAGGAUGGUCAAUUAUUUGGAAAAGGGUUUAAUACUGAUUAUUCCAUGGGAUUGCCAACUAAUCAUUUUAACUAUACCAAACUAACAGAAAUAGAUACCAGUUAUUUAGACUCAAAAGUACAAACCCUCGUACAAGGAUGCAAUACAAUGUCGGCUCUAAUUUCAACAAAAGGAACCUUGUACGUUUCAGGACUUGUAAAUCACUCCAAGUUUACCAUGUUGUCUGAAGACGUUCAACUUGCAGGCCUCACGAGAGAUAUCAUAUGGUAUUGGAGACAGGACAGAGUGCUAAUGAACUACAAGAUAUCAAACAUGAAAACAUCAUUAGUAACCACUCCAUUUAAGGAAGAUAUAAGAAAGAUAGCAUGCGGAGAAACUCACACAAUAUUUUUGACUAGCUCUGGAAAUAUUUAUGGCUAUAGAAUUAGUUCCGUUGGAGGGAUUUCUAAUACCCAUGAAAUUUGUAAGAUUAAUACUCAUUUAUUUUCGCCUCCUCUUUACAGCCCUAUCAAGGAUGUAGAAUGUGGUUCCGAACAUAGUCUACUUAUUAGCAAAGACAAUAGAGUUUAUGCUUCCGGAGAUAAUACAAAAGGAGAGCUUGGUUUGGGAGAAAUGUCAGAAGAUUUUAUUCAAGUUUUUACAGAAUUAGAAUUUUCAAAUCCACUGAUCAAUGCAAUUUCAAGCAAUGAUGGAUCAUCAGCUUUGUUUAGAUCAACUGUUAUCAGUGAUGAAAUUUUACGCAAUUCAUUCAAUUUCAAACGUGUGAAUAGUUUUUAUGAUCUGGUUAUUGUCUUGGAAUAUUAA